AAAAAAAAAACAAAUUCAAAUUUAUAAUUAUUAAAAUAUAAAAACACAAGAGAGAUUAUUUGAAAAUGGUUGAUAUGGAUUGGAAGAGGAAGAUGGUAUCAUCAGAGCUUUCAUCAAAGCUCCACGUCACUAUUCCGUCUCCGUUCAAAGUCCCUGUCUCCUCUCCCAUCUCAUGCUCCGAUCCAUCAGCUUGCUCCGCCUACGAGCUUUACCUCCGCCUCCCUGAGCUUAAAAAGCUAUGGACGUCUCGUGAUUUCCCUCAGUGGAACGACGAACCGAUUCUCAAACCGUCUCUCCAAGCCUUAGAGAUCAGUUUCAGAUUGAUCCUAACCGUCUGCUCCGAUACAAGACCGUACAACAACCACCGCGAAUGGAACCGACGGUUAGAUUCUCUCGUCACGAACCAGAUCCAGCUCAUCGCAGCGAUCUGCGAAGGAGAAGAAGAGGAAGACGAUCGAUUAGCUCCGGUCGGCGGUGCACGGAGCUCUCUCAGCCUGCUACCACAUCUAGCCACGUGGCGGAAAUCGGAAGCGUUAGGGAGGAAGAUGUUAUCCACGAUCGAUAACGAGAUGCGUAGGUGUAAAUACACGCUCGGACUCGGAGAACAGAACGUCUCCGGGAAACCGAAUCUCCGAUACGACGCCGUUUGUAAACCUAACGAGAUUUACCGUCUCAAGGAUAAUCCGUACGCGGAUCAUGUGGAUAACGAGGAGAAUCAGACUCUCUACAUUCUCCACCAGAUCCUCGAAUCGUGGAUCCACGUCUCAGGAAACAUACUGAGACGUGUCAACGCGAGGAUCGAGGAAGAGAGGUUCGGUGAAGCCUCGAGCGAUUUGUACUUGGUGGAGAGGAUCUGGAAGCUUAUGGCUGAGAUAGAAGAUCUCCAUAUUCUUAUGGAUCCCGAGGAUUUUUUGAAACUGAAGAAGCAGUUACAGAUCAAAUCCAACGGUCAAAACGACGCGUUUUGUUUUAGGUCGAGAGGAUUAGUGGAGAUGAUGAAGAUGACGAAGGAUCUCAGGGAGAAGGUACCGACGGUGCUUGGUGUCGAGGUGGAUCCCACGGGUGGUCCGAGGCUACAGGAGGCGGUUAUGAGAUUGUACGCGACGAAGAGGGAGUGUGAUAAGAUUCAUUUGUUUCAAGGGAUGCAAGCGGUGGAGGCGGCUGCGAAGAGGUUUUUCUUUGCGUAUAAGCAGUUGGUGGCGGUGGUGAUGGGAAGUGCGGAGACGAGUCAAGAGUCGUGUGACUCGCUGAGUCAGAUAUUUAUGGAGCCGACGUAUUUUCCGAGUCUUGACGCGGCGAAGACGUUUCUGGGAGAGUUCUGGAGUCACUUGGGAUGAAAGAAAGUUUUUAUUUUAUUUUAAAUUAACUUGGUGUGGUUAGGUAUUGUAUGUUUCUGAAAAUUUUGAAAUAUUUGAUAAUUGGGAUUAUAUUUGAAUACAAUUUAUUUUUAUAUGGUUGUGUGUGCUUUUAUCAAAUAUCUACUAGCUAAAAAAACAAUUAUAUAUAUAUGUCUACUAACUAACUCCAGCAAGGAAGAGAAAUCCACUUAAAAUAAAUGGAUAAAAGAAUGGUUCUUCAAAGAUGG